AUGAACACAAAAGUGCGACAAUCAAAUUUAAAUACAACAGCUCCAUCAAUUAACGAUCCCAUAAAUAUCAGGACGAAAGAAUUAAAGACCCCUUUACACUUGGCAGCACAAUCUGGUAGAGAAACUGCUGUAGAAGCACUUCUAUCACUUGGAGCUGAUGUAAACAGUCGUUCAGGCAAUCGCUCUUCACCGUUGCAUCUUGCAGCUGUUAGUGGACACAUCUGGGUGUUACGAUACAUAAUAACAAGAAAGGGGAGGAUCAAUGCAAGAGACGAUGAACAAAUGACGCCACUGCAUAGAGCCUGCUUGUUUGGUCGAGUUGAUGCCAUCAAGUACUUACACAGCAGUGGUGCGCAUAUCGAUGCCCUAGAUCGCGAUAAUUACACACCGUUGUUAUGUGCAGUAUGGAAGGGACACUGCGCUGCCGUUGAGUAUCUGCUAAAUAGUGGAGCAAACAUGUCUUUAACAGACGCAAGAAUGAGAAAUGUUCUGCACGUGGCUAUACAUGACAAGCAAAUACACACGUUAAAGUUGCUGUUAAACAAAGGAGCGUAUAUUUUAUUAAAUAGACCAGAUAAGGAUUAUCGAACACCUAUUCAUUACGCUGCCGUUUCCGGCAAUGUCAAGAUUAUCGAAACCUUGUUGGCUUACAAGCCCCGUGUUAGUUUGCGAGACAAUGAAGAGAAAUUACCGAUUCAUUUAGCAGCUUUGUCUGGAAAGACGAAAGUGGUCUCACUUCUUGGUGAUGUAUCUCCAGGUACUUUAAACAAAACGGAUGAUAGAGGAAGGACAGCUAUUCACAUCGCUGCCAUGAAUGGAUACUUACAAGUUUGUGAAAAGUUAAUUGCUAUGGGAGCAGAAAUCUCCGUUAAAGAUGAUGUGCAGUGGACCCCUUUGGAUUACGCUGCAUCAAAAGGUUUUGCUAAAGUUAUGAGCCUUCUGAUUGAAAACAACGCGAAUGUGGAAAGUACUAAUAAAAACUCAGAAACGGCAUUACAUCAUGCAGCGUCACACGGACACGUUGAAUGUGUCACCAUGUUGUUGAACAAUGAUGCAAGUAUCACAGCGACAACCAACAACGGAAAAAGUUGCUUAGAUUUAGCUGUCGAGAAUAACAGAAAAGACGUUUGUUUGGCAUUGAUCAAACAUAAAAGGUGGAAGGACGUAAUGAGAAAAGUAGAUGACUGUGGAAAAAGACCGAUGGAAAAACUUAUUGAAUUUGUACCAGAAGUAGCCGUAGCUGUAUUAGACAACUGCAUAGAAGUCUCAAAUCAGCCUAAGGAACACAAAGAUUACUGGGUCACUUAUAACUUUGAAUUUUUAGACAUAUUACCAGAAACGAAGAAAGAAAAAAUAAUAACCUAUUUCGGUCCAUCAAAAAUGGCCAAGUUUAACCGCGAAAUACUAUUAUCUCAUCCAGUAUCUGUUCAGUUGGUCAAUUACAAGUGGGAGGUUAUAGGAAGAAAAAUUUAUUUUCUCAUGCUCUUUAUAUAUAUGUUGUAUGUGGGAUUACUAACCGCUCUACUUGUCUCAGAGGUUGAUCAUAAACGACUCAUGGAUUGUACUAAAGUGACUGUAUCUUUGGCAGCUAUAUGUUUAUUUCUGGCGGUGAUCCAGCUUCUAAAAGAAGUGACACAGAUGGUCACCAUACGAUUGGAGUAUUUCUUUGAUUUGGAAAAUUAUGUGGAAAUUAUUUUAUAUUUUUCCAGUAUUCUGUUCACAUUACCCUUUCUACUCGAUCAACAUCAUUGUGGCAACACAGUUCCAGCAUAUUAUAUAGAAGUUGACAAAAUAAAAUGGCAGGCUGGAGCAGUGUGCAUUUUUCUAGCGUGGUCUAACUUACUAUUACACUUAAAAAGAUUUCCUUUUUUCGGAUUAGUGGUCGUAAUGUUUAUUGAAGUUUUAAGAACCAUCGUAUCUGUUCUGGCUGUAUUCAGUAUCGUCAUCAUAGCAUUUGGUCUGUCGUUUCACACGCUGCUAAAACCUGUCUCAGAGUUUCAGCUUGUUGAAAAGUCUCUUGUUAAGGUCAUCGCUAUGGUGGUUGGAGAAUUUGAUUAUUCAUCGGCAUUCAAUGCACAUUAUGACAAAGAAAACGAUAUGCCAUUUAAGUCGCUAACGAUUGUGAUGUUUCUAAUUUUUAUUGUAUUAUGUCCUAUUGUGAUGAUGAAUCUCAUGGUUGGUUUAGCUGUAGGUGAAAUAGCUGAAGUAAGAAAGUCUGCAAAACUCCGUAUGCUUAAAGCACAAGUUGAACUUAUCAAAGACCUCACAAGAAGAUAUCCUGAGAGUUACUUAAGACGAUUCUACAAGAGCAAAAUUACCAUUAAGCCUAAUCAAAGAACUUUACGGCAAAGGUUUAUGGUCUGGCUUAGUACAUUCAAUUAUGACACCCUGACAGAUCCAAAUAAUGAUGAGUCACAGGAUGUGUUGAGAGGAAAAGCAAAUCGAGAGAUGGAAAGACAGUUGGAACAACAAAGAAAGAGACUAAAAAAGUUAAAUCAAGUAAACGAAGAGCAAAGUGAAUUAAUACGAAAAAUAUUGACUCAUAUGAACGUCGAAAUAAAAUCAAACUCCCCGGCGCCUAUACGUAUUCCAGAAAUGUCUGACCAAAAAUGGUCUGUUUUAAGAGAAUGAACAGUGUACGUACGUUCUAGGAGCAAGUGUUAUGCGUUGUACAAAGCAAAGAAAGAAGAAAUUUAAAAACACGAACCCAGGAUCUAUUCGCCCUCUGAACUUUUACUAUUUUAGGGAAGUUAACGUAAAUGUAAUAUGUUUUUACUAUUUUAAAUGUAUAACUCAAAACAUAAACUAUAAUACCUCGUUUCCAGCACUUCUCCAGGUGGCUGUAGCUGACGUAAACAAACUCAUCGAUUAAGUGCCAAGUGAUUGUGUGGUUACAGGCUAGCUGCUAAAGUAGUUCAAAUCUCUAUAAAUCGAAUAUUUCUAU